AUGAAGCGGAAAGAAUCCCCGAGAACAACCCGCUCCGUGUCUUCAUCCUCGGAGGAGGAGGAGGAAAACGACCACGCGAACGAGAAGGAUGCAACGAGGACGACAACGACGACGACGGGUUUGAGUACUCGACGAAGAAGAAAUAACAACAACAACACAAAAACGAGCGAAAGAAGCGCGAACGAAUCGAAAGCGACGACGACGGGAAAGUUUCUCGCGCGCUUGCUCGCGGAAGAGAAGGAAAACGAAAGCGAAGACGCUUUGGUAAAGAAACUCGAAAAGGCCACGAGGCGCGCACGUUUUGAUGAAAAGAAUGACGAAGAUGUGAAAGAAAUCGGUCGAACGUUCGAAGAUGAUGAUGAUUGCAAAAAUCCCCUAAUAAAAGGAGGAGAUAUUCGAUUCAUCGAAGCGUCUGGGAAACGAACGCCGACGGUACGCAGAGUCGAGUGUAAAAAGAAGAAGGAAAAGACAAAGCGACGAGAACACACCACCGCCGAGGAGGAGGAGAGGAGGAUGCUAGAGGAAGAACUUUCGGGAACGGAGAAGUGUUUGUUUGCGAAACAUUACAGCGCGAACGUCUGCGUCAAGGCUCCGUCCAGAUGUUGGUUCGAGACGACGGUGGAAAGUUUUCGAGAUGAGAUUGGAGGGGAGCACGAUUACGUAGGGUGGGCGAGGAAAGACGUGGAAUUGAGCGAGACGUGCGGGAUUGCGGAGUUUUGCACGUCGAAUAAAGGGAAGUGCAGUUCGGUGAGAGUGUGGAACGACGAUUGGGUGUUUCGAGGCGAAGAUCGGGCGUUUGAACGGAAAGAGAAGAGCGACGCGGCGAAGGAGAGAGGGGUGUUUGACUCUUCAAAGGGUUCAAAAGGUGAAGAGAAGGAAAAGAAGAAAGGGAAGAAAACAGGAAAACGAUCAUCGACGGAGAAGAAACUAACGAAGGAAUUCGAAGAUAGAAACUACGUACCUUUAUACGCCUCGGAUACCAAUCGAAACGUCUUCGCGGUUGGAAGUAUCGUUUUGAGCACGAUUGCGUUCGAGAUGAAAUACGUCGAGUUCCGAUAUUACGUGGAUGGAGUUCUGUAUAAAAUCGAUCGCAUCAAACGAGAUGCGCGAGAGAAAGACGACGACGAAAACGCGUGGUGGUUUCCAGUUACGAGUCAUUCGAGCGAGUUGAACGACGUGACGUUUAAUUUUGGGACGUACCCGAUGUUUCGAAACGUAUCCGAGGAAGCGCGAAAAUCGAACGAAGAGUUUCUCGCGCGGGCAAAGAAAAUAUACGGGGACAAUGAUGCGACAACAAACAGCGAGCAAGAAGAAAGAGAUUUGUUCUCGUGUUUACACUCGCCGUUCACGCGGUCCUCGUUACACGUCGAUGUGAGUAGUAGAAGCGGCAGCGGCAACAGCAGCGGUAGUAAUGAAAAUAGCAAAAACGAGGCGUUUCUUGAAGACGAACUUCGUCGGAGUUUUCUCCGCCCGAUAAAGAAGCUCAUGAGCGCGAUAUCGACCGGCGAUUGUCCAGUGACGAACAAGAAAGAUAUCCACAUUUUGUUCUGGCAGUUGUUGAGGACAUAUUUCGAUUCGUCGUUCCGGAUGGACAAUUUUUUUUCGUUGUCGCUUUCGGACGAUGGUCGCGAGGACAAGAUGGACGUCGACGACACUUUAAAAUUAAAGUCUGUGUUUACUUCGCCGUGGAAAGUCGACGCGACAAAAGCAAAGCGGGAGUGUUUUGCCUUGUGCCGAUUGCUCGUAGCACACGACCCGCACGUCCUGGAAUAUAACUACGGAAAAGAAGAAGAUGAAAAGAGAAACGCGUUACUUCUUUCAAACGAUGAGUUUGACGUCUUUUGCGAAAUGCUCAAAGACGACGGGAAUAUAGUCAUGGGCUCAAGUAUUCGUGGAUCUCGCAUGCUCGAUUGGUGGUUCCCAAGGUGCUUAUUCGAGUGUCUCUCUUUCAUGGCUUCCAGAGAACUCUUUUGCGGUAUUGAAGAAGAUUUGGCGUUACCGCACCCGCUGGAAAGAGCGUCGAAACUGUUGCGCGCCACGGAGGAGGAAGGCAACUUUCGAAUUUUGAGUCACCAGUCGUGGGGGGCGAAUUUUACGAGACUUUUCGCCACUCGCGAGCUCUCUGUUGCGUUGAUGAAUGCAGCUUUGUCCGUGGACGAAACGACGCUCGCUGAGGAAAAGCCACCCGCCGUCUACCCCUACGAUUCAGACGACGACGACAAAGAAGAAGAAGAAGAACGGCACGCAGAAUUCUCGGAGAAUCAAAAAACACGUUUGAAUCGAUUGAAAAUAUACACCGAAAGACGCGAACAGUGUAAAGCUGCGUUUGUCUUUGCCGCGAUGACGACGAGUUUGCGAAACGUGCCCGAGCGAGCGAUAGAUCGGAGUGAUGUGAAUAAAGAUGAGUUGCGAGAUUUCUCGCGCCACCCGCGUUACCCGGAUCUACUGGGCGCUUUCGAAGCUAUUAAAUGCCCGAUUGACUGGGAGGCGACCGAAAAUAUAACGUCCAACGAUGGCAGCACGUUUGAUGGGUACGAAUACGACAGAGAGAUUGAGAAAAGGAUGAAUCGCCUCCGAAGAAACGAUCGUGUCAUCGACGAUCGCGCCGAGAAGAAAUUUGAAAGAAACGACCAUUUUACGAGCGACACUAUUCAGUCAAAUCCGUGUAUGUGGAUGUAUAAAUCUAUCAAUACCGGAUUCUUUCGCGACCGAACCAUAAAAGAACUCUUAGAUUACAAUUGUACCACGGACAUGAUCUUCGAGUCACACGGACUUAAUUCGAACAAAUUCGGCACGACGCCGUUGGAUUUUUGGAUGCAAGAAACGACCCGGUGGGCGUACGAUCGGUACGAGCCGUUCGCGAAGGAUCCGCACGCAGCAUUGAAAGGUACGCGAGUCGGUCUCGCGGCCAGGCAUCUCAUCGAUACGCUCUCGCGACUCCUCGCAGAUGAAGUGGAAGCGUGGAUUGAAGACCAAUUCACUGUCAGCAAAGCGCUGUUCUAUCAUUAUUACGUCGCGAACCCGUGGCACACGCCCAGAGCCGGGGACCGGUAUUGGCGCGAUGAUGAUGAGUUGAAUAAACGCCCUAAAAACGGUUCAGAAUAUUGGUGUUGUCCGAUAACUCCGUUACAGCACUACGUUCCCGGAUGUUUGAAGCGAAAUCGAUGGGUGCGUAAUUAUGAUUACCAACGCACGAAACGCGAACGUCGAGCGCACGCGAACAUUCAGUACGAUUUGACCAGCGGUUUCGAUGCGGAGCUUCUGUGCGCGGCGCAAUUCGUACCGAAAGGGAAUUCCGCCCACUUCUGGGACUGGAAUAUAUGGAGGCACGAAAGUCGAGCGGAGGAGUGGAGUAAAAUUCUGUUGUUCGAUUAUACUAAACAAACCCGGGAAGCGGAUGCGAUAGCCACGGAGAUGACGGAGCACGCGUUUAUGACUGGGGGGACGCCACCCGUGGUAGAUGGCGCUUUGAACGAAAAAAGUGGCAAGCUUAGUAGAAAAGCCGCGGAAGAAUUCGUGAAGAAACGACAGGAUUCUUUACCGAAAGAGACUAUUUUUACGCGCUUGCGCUGGUCGCGGUUUCCUUGCGAUGGAGUAAUGUUGGACCCACCUACUGAAAUCAACGCGCACGUCCGCGAUAGGUAUUCUCACGUCCACGAUAAAACCAAUCCUCGAAAUGAAAACGAAUUGUCUUUCAGAGACUUUUUCAAAUACAAAGCGGGCGAUUCGUUGAGACAGCCGUACAAGAACGCGAGCGAACACAUCGCGCAGCUUUUCACUGGGAUGAGCCACCUCUCGACGUUUCUGGUGGAACCGGGAGAGACGCGCCCGAGGCGUCAAACUUUUUUACGAGAAGUUGAAGCGCACGAUACCACGCGCACGCAAUCAAACGUUUUGCGAUCCGCGUACGAAGCGAUCGUCUCGAAUAACGCACACACCGAACGCGCCAGGGUGCGAAUUGCCGGCUACUGCGCGAAAUUAAUAGUCUCUCGUUCGAGAAAGGUCGCGAUACCAGCCACUCGUCCUCACCAGGAAGAAGAGUGGAAGAAGCCUUUCGUACCGAUGGCAUUGGUGUGUUUCAUUUUCAACACGUGGAGAGAUCACUUCGAGGAUGAAAAAUAUGUGUUCGAUCACGAUUCCAAAUUCGCUUACGUGUUGCAAUUAUACUGCCAUUCGAUGGCGUUUGAAAACCCGGGCGCGCGAGACGUGUGUCGCAAGCACAUCGAGUUGGCGUUUAAAUUUCCUCUGGUCAAAAAAUUCGCGUUUCAAACGAGAACUUUCGCGGACAACUUUUUGCAAUCGUUCAGCAAUUGGUGCAAGUCAGUCGACGCGAGCGAUCUUAAUAGUUCCAGAGAGGAGGAGAUGGAAAAACAAAUCUCAUUCAUGAUGCGCGUGCUGUCAAACGUACCGGAAGGAUCAAAGAACGCGGGGCCCGAAAGACCGGGAUUUUCACCGAUUCGCGAGACUCUGAUACUGUCGAUGCGCAGAUAUCUGGAAUACUUGGCGAAAGAUUUAGGGGAUUUGAACGAAGGAUUGAUCGAGUGCAUGAGGGUUUUCAAAGACCACCCUGAGCUGAUCCCGGGGUACGGUGUCAACCAAUUACAUCCGAAACACUGGAAAAAGUUCCAAAUGCUCUUCGAGCGUAUCAUCGAGCGUUUGGAGUGCGUCGCGAGACUUCUAACGCGAUGUCGCGGAAUUCUCGAUUCGAGAGAUUUCAUGUUCGAACCUGGACUGAUGGACCAGCUCGCCGAAAUCAUCGCGUACAUCGGCAAGCACUUUCACUUAAAACCCGGCAGAGAAGGCACGGAAAAUCCAUUUGGAGUAUUUGUCAAACAUUUGGCCUCUGAACUUGAUUUUCAACAAGAUGUUAACGGAGUAUUAUGCGUUGACCCGGGAAGGUUUCUGAAUCCAGUGGUUGAGAUUCUCUGUCGAAUGACGGAAAGUCCUUUACCUGAGGAAGAAGAGAGACAUGAUUAUUACGAUCUCUACAGUGGAUGUGACUUCUUAAACGUUCGCAACCUUUUUACAAGGGUGCACGGGGAGGAUGAAGUCGAUGGUCCGAUCCGAGAUCACGGAGAUGAUAGGCAACAUUUCAAAUGCAAAGUCCGAGGUGAAUUUUUGGACGCGCUCGUGAGACACGUGACGAGAAAAGAUGUCCAGAACCUUUCGUUUUACUUCAAUGGCGAAUCUCUCAAUUUCGGAGGGCAUUCCAAUUUAUUUAAGGGCGUUUUCUUCUAUAUGUCGCCGUCUUGGUUUAUGGAUAAAGACGUGCUCUCCGAAGGUACAAUAACCGAAGCAACGGUGCAUCCAGAAGACGUCAUCAAGGACGGAGCACAACAAAAAGGAUAUUACAUAAAAAUGCAUUUCAACUCUGUCCGAUGCGAAAAUCGCAUCCUCCACGCGGCGGCUGUGAAAGCGUUGCACAUGAAAUUGAACGAUUUAGAAGCUUUAGAUGGCAACAAAAACAUCCUCCCGGAAAUGCUCGAUCCAAUCACGCACUCCAUCAUGCUCGACCCAGUUUUUGUGGGCAAAACGGAGAAGACAUCUUGCGACUUCUCGACGCUUUCCAGGCACUUUCAAAAAUCCGGCAAGCGAACCGAUCCGUUCACCGGUUUGCCCGUCGUCGGCGAGAUUCGCAGGAACGCGAAGCUGAAAGAGCGCAUAAAAAAACUCUUACAGAAGGAAAACGCGAUGUCGAUGAUAGGCGACGUGGAUGUGGACGUUUUUACCCCCGACGAUGCGAUGUCAGUUGAGUGGGCACGGGUGAAUGAAGAUAGAAAUACAUUCAACGCAGAUGAUGAUGUUCGCUCGAUUGGGGAUUGGCGCAAAAAUUGGCGCUUAGGAAAUUACGAGUAG